AUGCUUCCGAGAGCCUUUUGGAAGUCGCAGACCGUCUUGACCCCAAUUCAGUUCGAAUUGCUGAUCGCGCUGAACCUGAUUUUUUGUUUUUCGCCCAAAUCGGUAGCGCUGGGCACGUCGUCAGGUGAACCUAUCGAUUUGGCGUCUGUGAACUCAAGCAGGACCUUCCCCCUUUCACAACGAAACGUGGCAACUAACGAAGAAGGAAGGGAUGAAAACAGUGUGACGAACUCGCUCGAUCUCUAUUCUAACUCAGUCCUCGACAUAUUCUCCAAACGCUUUGAUUUCUACCCCGGUAAUCUGCCUUAUGGCUCCAUUGUUAGGAAGAAACACGGCAAAUGGGCUGUGCCAAAGGUUUUCAGGUUAUAUCCGAGAUCAGGUCCAAGCAUUGGUGGAACGAAAAUAACUGUCCAUGGGGCUAGAUUCCUAUCAACCGGCCGUGAAGUUUGUCGCUUUGGUCGUGAAAGUGAUAGACUAAAAUACGAUUUGGUUCGUGCAAAUAUCCUCACAGAGACCAAGCUUACAUGCAAAACUCCCAAGCAAAACAAAUCAGGCAGCGUUGCCGUCGCUGUAUCUUUGGACGGAGUUGUAUUUAGCGGCGGUACUGUGUCAGCGGUACAAGGAUCUGGAUCAUUUAUUUUUUUUACCUUCACAGACCACGUGCCCUCCGGCGAAUUCAGCAUUGACAAUACGACCGGCCCGUUUUCCGGCGGAACCCAGAUCACAGUCACGUUGAGUGCUACUAGAUCAGGGAAAAAUCAGGCAACACUUCGAUCAUACUUCAACUUUACCAAACGGGUGUAUUUACGGGACAUGAGAACGACCUUUUCAAACGAUAUUUCUCGCAGCGAAGUAAGUUAUAUGAAUGAAUCCAGAAUGAACAGCUCUAACCGAUAUGCUCAAGUUGUCCUCGAGGGCACGCCAUAUGAAGUUAUCUACCCUACAUCAGGCACGCUGCGUGAACUUAAACUCGGCGCCGAACAUUUGUCAGGCGACUUUCCUUACCGCAAUUUCUCACUGGUUGACCAGAAAGCAGUAGAAAAUGCGGCUAUUGCCAUGCAGAAUGCGAGUCGCAAUAUGCAUGGUUGCAUAUCAUCCACACACAAAAAGACAAUUGAUUGUCUGUCAUCACUCGAGCCACAUGUCCUAGUUACUGAAAAGCGCGUCCUGGAAUAUACCACCAAUCAAAAGAAUUCAUCCACUGCGACAUACGGUAGAUUUGAGCCUUCUACUCUUGCUAAGUGUAUGUUUAGCUUUCCUGGCAAACUUUGGCCGUUCGAGACUUCUGAACACAUUAUAUUUUCUGAAAUCGUGACAUCUCCCGCGAGAUGGAUCGGUUAUAAUAAAAUCCAGUGCACUUCUCCACAGCGGAUCAGGCCGCACCCAAAUAUUUCUGUACACUAUUUUUCGCAGGUGCAUAACCUUUCAGAUGUGCAUCGAAAUGUCACGGUAUUUGAGAUGGCGGUCAUUCGGAUUAGCAACGACGGAAUCCACUUCAGCGAGCCAGUCGGGACCUUCACGUUCAAGAACGCGAUCCCGAAGAUAUUCAAUGUAUACACCGAGCAAGAAUCGGGGGCUCACAAGGCUAGAGGACCUUGGAGCGGGAAAACUGAGAUAUAUAUCAACGGCACUGACUUUUUGGCCUCUGAUAAUCUGAUGGCACGAUUUGUUGUUUUAAACGAGACACGCAACAAUCUAGAUUUAGAACUUGUGCCUCUUUCCGUCCUUGAGCAAAGAAACGGUCAAUGUUACUUCGACACAAACGAGCAAAUACGAUGCAUUUCUCCGUCCUGGUACCCUGACGAGCAGCUGCAGAAGCAAACAGGCAGCCUGGCGCCUUGCUUCAGGACAAAUGUUGAAAUAUCCAACGAUGGUGGCAGCAGAUGGUCUUCUGCAGAGGAUAAGUUUCUGUAUUGCCCGAUCUUCGUGAGCACGUAUGGCAGUAAUAGCUGGGGAGAAGGCACGCCCCGAUUGCCUUUCAGAGAUCUGUCUCGCGCUAUUCAAGCCUCGCUGUCGCGGCCACGAUCGUAUUUCAUUCGUAAAGGAGGUGUCAGGCAUUCCCGCAUUUUAGGUGGAAGGCAGCACAGAGGCGUUGAAAGACGUGGAUCAGGAUUGGUCAGAUAUAUCAAUUUAGACCAGAUAUAUCUAAUGGAUGGAAUUUACCGAGAUCGCAUGGGGAUUUAUGGCCCUGAACAAAAUCUCAACCUUGCAGCACAUGGACGGGUUAUCGAGGUGAUUGCUCAGAAUCAUGGGCGCGCUUUCAUUGACUGCAGUGGGAAUGAUGUUGAUGCGCUUCGCCCUUUUGAUUUGAAUGAUCAUCACGGUUUUGAUAUCGAGCAGCACGGCUCGAUCUCUUUUAAGGACGUAGGUAUUGUUCGAUGUACAGGCUCUAUUCGAUGGGAGGCAUUUGAAAGUCAUGACAAACACGAGUUGUCCACUAAGCACUCAAAGCGCCGACGCGUAAUCCCUCUUGCGAUGAUGACUAUAUGUGAAAAAGCACGCCAUUUGCAAUCUGAUUCGAUUGAUGUUCUUGAGUCAUAUGUUGCUGUAGAGUCGGAUGCUGCUGACGAAGGCACAGAUGCGAUACACUUUUGUCAUCAAGCCGCACAAUACGUCGAAAGUGACGUUGACUACAUUGAAUUGAGCCUCGUCAAUGAAAGCGGACUUUCAGUUGCAAUGCUGACGGGUACCGCAAUAUCAGCGUUCUCUGUAAGCAACAAUCACACAUCUGAAGGUGAUGGGACAUCCGACGCAUCGAGGAGGCGACUUCUGCUGCUGCGUUCAAGUCGACUGAGACUUGAUGCAAUUACUUUUCUCUCAAAUGCACAGCUGUCGGCGUGGAUGCAUCGUACACAUUCAAAAGGUAAUGAUGAGUCGACAGCAGUAGACUCAGGUAGAAAAGUUUUCCCAGCCAUUCCAGAACAUACUAAGGUGCAAGGCGGGGAAGAUGAACAUACACAGACCUCGCAUCUCGAUGGGUCAAACUUUAGAAAUCGAUUUCAAGGAUCCCGGUUACAAUGACAUGGGAUGGAUGGCCUGUUACUUUUGUAGUGUGCAAUACUAGAAGGUUUUGUC